AUCAAGCCCUGCUUUAGGUUUGAGGUUGUCUGAGGGGCUGCAAAAACAUCCCAAGAGUGAAAAGUGAGUCAGCAAAAUUUUUUGCUGGCAUGAUGAUUACAGUGAGAGUCCAGAAAUGUGUCCGCCUCUGGUGGUUGCUCAGCGCUGCUCUACUUCAGUCUGUAUCAGCCGGAGGUGCAUAUUGUGCUAAAACAGCAAGAGCUCAUGCAGCUGCCUUGGGUUUGGAGUAUCCUGGAGUCCAUGGAGCCCCUGAUCUCUCUUCACCAGCUUCUGCUUCGCAGCAUCCCAAGAUUUUCAAGUAUGAUAACCUGGCUAAUGUUGAAUCUAAUGUGAACCCUUUCCAAGAGGAUCGGUUGGUGAAAGCCCACUUUGAUCACCCUCCGUAUAGACGAGCUUCCCCCAUAGACUCUGGUGGGUCCAUGUUGAACUCUGACCCAUACGCGCAAGCCUCAAGAGGACACACAGCCGACCAAAUGCGUCGGUUUCCUCAAGAUCCGUCAGUCAGCAGGUCGGAGUCAAUGUCAGAGGAGCUCAUGCAUGUUGCCCCACCAACACUCAACAAGGCCCCUAGCCAUCCUUAUUCAAGGAAUCAGCACGAGCAAGGUCACAGAAAACAACCUCUCUUCAUCCACAGGGAGCACGAACCUGCUGGAGAUGGGUCAGCCCCAAAUAGACGUGGCAAGCCUUAUACUGGAAGUGUCCCACUUCUGAGCAGGGGUCGCCCUUUUUACCAAAGUGUAAUUGGUCCCAAAAGGGAAGCCCCGAACCUGGGUUAUGUUCAGCUGUUGCGCAGAGGCCAUGGGAGGGCUCCGGUGCAAGGCCUUUGGAAGAUGGUCAGGCGUCCUCAGCGUCUCCCUCAGUAUCUGGACAGGAGAGUCGGUGGGAGGCCACUUGUUCAAGGUAACGCUAUCUUUCAAGGCUUGAGGAAAAACAAAGUGAGGCGCACUUGAAAUGAGUGUGAAGAAAAGGGCCUGACAUGUAGCACAGCUGUCUUGUCAGAUAGUGUCACCAUGACACGAGUUAACAGGCUAGCAUUUUGAGGGCUCUGUGUGGGAAGGGGGAUGUCGCGUAUCUUUUGCAAGUGUUUAGGCUCUGCUGCAAAUUUAUGUGCGCCCAUAUAUCUGUACAAGUUCCUGUGCUGUUGCUUUCUCAUCUGUAACUCCAAAACAAGUCAUAUCACACCUUCUCUCUUGAAUAUAAAAAUGCUUCCAAAUUGUCAAUGCUUUUUUUUUUUUUUU